UUAGUAUUUCUGAAUAGAAAAAACCCAAAACUUGGCCAUGUCCUCUGCCACCAAAAACUGAGACUAGUCUCUUGAUAUUUUGCCUCUAUCCAAAACCCAAAACCCAUACCAGACCAGUAACCAUUACCAUAAACAAGAAUCUGCAAGUGUUUAGGGUUAUCCUAAAAUGGAGGGGAAAGCUCUCCUUCGCUCUCUGUCUUCCUCCUCUCUUGCUUACAACAGAUUCAUUUGCCCUCGCUCUCUCCCUUCUUCACUCUCUGCCUCCCUCAAUCCCCGCCGUCCAAUCACCACCCUCUACCCCCGUCGCUCCCUCCUCCACCGCACCCACUGGAGGCUACUCCCUCUCGCCGCCACCUCAUCCUCAUCUUCUUCUUUUCACUUCAGCAAACACUUCUCUUCUAUUUCCCCUGCUGCUAUAGCCACCAAUCCAGCUUACGCCUCUCCAGAUGUUAGUGGUGGUGUGCCUAAUGAGGUCGCUGAAAAGCUUGGAUUUGAGAAGGUUUCUGAAGAGUUUAUUACAGAGUGUAAAUCAAAAGCUGUGCUUUUCAGACAUAAGAAAACUGGUGCUCAAGUCAUGUCUGUUUCUAAUGAUGAUGAGAAUAAAGUUUUUGGCAUUGUUUUUCGCACUCCUCCCAAGGAUUCAACUGGGAUUCCACACAUAUUGGAACACAGUGUGUUAUGCGGUUCGAGAAAGUAUCCUUUAAAGGAGCCCUUUGUUGAGUUAUUGAAAGGGAGUCUGCAUACUUUUCUGAAUGCAUUCACAUAUCCUGAUAGGACUUGCUAUCCUGUUGCCUCUACAAAUACAAAGGAUUUCUACAAUUUGGUUGAUGUAUACCUUGAUGCUGUGUUCUUCCCCAAAUGUGUGGAGGAUCACCAAACUUUUCAACAAGAGGGUUGGCAUUUCGAGCUCAAUGAUCCUUCAGAAGAAAUAUCUUAUAAAGGUGUUGUUUUCAAUGAGAUGAAGGGUGUGUAUUCUCAACCUGAUAAUAUAUUAGGGCGGACUGCUCAACAGGCGGUCUUUCCUGACAAUACCUAUGGGGUUGAUAGCGGAGGUGAUCCAGAAGUUAUCCCUCAAUUGACAUUUGAGCAAUUUCAGGAAUUUCACCAGAAAUAUUACCACCCCAGCAAUGCCAGAAUAUGGUUUUAUGGAGAUGAUGAUCCAGUGGAGCGUUUACGCAUCUUAAGUGAGUAUCUAGAUAUGUUUGAUGCAAGUUCAUCUCCCAAUGAGUCGAAGGUCAUACCACAACAACUCUUUGUGGAGCCAGUCAGGAUUGUUGAGACAUAUCCUGCUGGUGAAGGGGGUGACUUGAAAAAGAAGCACAUGGUUUGCCUUAAUUGGCUACUUUCUGAUAAACCUUUGGACUUGGAAACUGAGCUUGCUUUGGGAUUUCUAGACCAUCUCAUGUUAGGAACUCCUGCAUCUCCAUUGAGGAAAAUUUUAAUGGAAAGUGGUCUAGGAGAUGCCAUUGUUGGUGGUGGGAUGGAAGAUGAGCUUCUUCAGCUUCAGUUUAGUAUUGGAUUGAAGAAUGUUGCUGAGGAUGCUAUCAAAGAGGUGGAAGAACUAAUCAUGAGUACGCUCAAGAAAUUAGCUGAGGAAGGAUUUGAGACAGAUGCUCUGGAGGCAUCCAUGAACACUAUUGAGUUUUCUCUUAGGGAAAACAACACAGGAUCAUUUCCUCGCGGCUUAUCACUUAUGCUUCGAUCCAUGGGUAAAUGGAUAUAUGAUAAGGAUCCAUUCGAGCCUUUAAAAUAUGAGAAACCUUUGAUGGACUUAAAAGCGAGAAUUGCUAAAGAAGGUGCUAAAGCUGUUUUUUCUCCUUUAAUUGAGAAAUUCAUUCUGCAAAAUCCUCAUCGCGUAACUGUGGAAAUGCGGCCUGAUCCAGAGAAAGCUUCCCGUGAUGAAGCUGCUGAGAGAGAAAUCUUGGAGAAAGUGAAAGCCAGUAUGACAGAAGAGGAUCUUGCUGAACUUGCACGUGCAACACAGGAACUAAGAUUGAAGCAGGAAACACCUGAUCCGCCAGAAGCCUUGAAAACUGUGCCAAGCCUCUCUCUUGAUGACAUUCCUAAAGAACCCAUACGCAUACCAACAGAGGUAGGGGAUAUCGAUGGUGUGAAAGUCUUGCGACACGACCUUUUUACAAACGAUGUCCUUUAUGCAGAAGUUGUUUUUAACAUGAGACUGCUAAAGCAGGAACUUCUUCCUUUGGUACCACUUUUCUGUCAGUCACUGCUUGAGAUGGGUACAAAAGAUUUGUCAUUUGUGCAACUUAAUCAGUUGAUUGGGAGGAAAACUGGAGGAAUAUCAGUUUAUCCUUUCACAUCAUCUGUUCGUGGCCAGGAGGAACCAUGUAGCCAUCUCAUUGUUCGUGGAAAAUCCAUGGCAGGGCGUGCUGAAGACUUAUUUGAUCUGGUUAAUCGUGUUCUUCAAGAAGUACAGUUUACAGACCAGCAACGUUUUAAGCAGUUUGUUUCCCAAAGCAAAGCGAGAAUGGAGAACCGAAUAAGAGGCAGCGGUCAUGGAAUUGCUGCUGCAAGAAUGGAUGCAAAGUUAAAUGUUGCAGGAUGGAUUUCUGAACAAAUGGGUGGCAUCAGUUACUUGGAAUUUUUACAAGGCUUGGAGAAGAAAGUUGAUCAGGAUUGGCCCUCAGUUUCUUCUUCUCUAGAAGAAAUUCGUACAUCACUCUUAUCAAGGAAUAGCUGCCUGGUAAACUUGACUGCUGAUGGGAAAAAUCUCACGAACUCUGAAAAGUAUGUCGGCAAGUUUCUUAAUUUACUGCCUAGCAACUCUGUUGCUGAAAAUGCUGUAUGGAAUGCUCGACUUGCACUGGGAAAUGAAGCUAUUGUGAUACCCACACAGGUUAAUUAUGUUGGCAAAGCUGCUAAUCUAUAUGACACUGGGUAUCAGCUUAACGGGAGUGCUUACGUUAUUUCCAAAUUUAUUAGUAAUACAUGGUUGUGGGAUCGAGUGCGUGUCAGUGGUGGGGCAUAUGGCGGGUUUUGUGACUUUGAUACUCACUCAGGAGUUUUCUCCUUCUUAUCCUAUCGAGACCCCAACUUGUUAAAGACAGUUGAUGUAUAUGAUGGAACUGGUGAUUUUCUACGCGAGUUAGAAAUGGACGAUGACACCCUUACUAAAGCAAUUAUUGGGACCAUUGGAGAUAUAGAUGGUUACCAGCUACCUGAUGCCAAAGGCUAUAGCAGUUUGUUACGACAUUUGUUGGGCAUUACGGAAGAAGAAAGACAAAGGAGAAGGGAAGAGAUAUUGUCAACCAGUCUGAAGCAGUUCAAGGAAUUUGGUGAUGCAAUUGAUGCAGUGAAGAAUAAAGGGGUAGUGGUCGCUGUAGCAUCUCCAGACGAUGUUGAUGCUGCAAACAAGGAAUUCCCCAACUAUUUUCGAGUGAACAAAGCCCUUUAGAUAUUGCAUUUUUCUCAGGCAAUUCUUCAAUCAUACUUCUACACCAUUUAAAUGCUUAACUAGACAAGCCAUGAUACCUUAUUUUGAACUGUGUACCUUUUUAUUUAGGUGCUUACAGGUUACUUUGUAUCUCUUACAUUGUAAUUUAUCAAAAAUUAAUAAUGAUAUGUAGUUGUUUCAUA